GUGAGUUGAUCGAUCGAUGGGCAUGAACGCGACGGACGCCGAGGCCCCCGAGGGCGCCGUCAAGUACCGCCUCGUGGAGGCCGAGGAGGUGAGCGACAAGCCGCAGCAGGCUCCGGCGUCGUCGUCGGCCGCGCGCGCCGCCAAGCCCAAGCGCAAGGGCAAGCUCAACUGGUCGCAGUUCCCCAUGGAGGGCGAGGACGCCGAGGCCGCGGACGCGUCGGCGCCGCAGACGGACGCGCCGACGUCCACCCGAGGUGGACACUACGGACGUGGACGCGGACCGCGCAACGGCAACGGAGGACGCUUCGGAGGACGCCGCCAGAACGGAGACAACAACGGCGCGUACUACAACGGCGUGUACGUGCCCACGCCCGACGUCAAGGUGACGGCGCAGUGGGCCAAGAACCAAAUUGAGUUCUACUUUACGUCGGACAACCUGGUGCGCGACAUUUUCCUGCGCCAGCACAUGGACGUGGACGGCUUCGUGCCGCUGGCCUUCGUGGGCAGCUUCCAGGCCGUGUACUCGGUGCACCAGGACUACGCGUCGCUGCUGGAGGCCGUCAAGCAGUCGGAGACGCUGGAGCUGGACGAGCAGAACGAGAAGAUCCGGCUGCGCGAGGGCUGGCAGAAGUGGGUCUGGCCCAACGCCGAGGGCGGCUACGGCGUGCCGCGGUACAUUAAGGUGGCUGACAAGGACGCGGCCGAGCAAUAGACAGGUGGACAACCGGUGGACAGACAGACAGGAGGG